AUGGCGGUCUGCUCCACCUGGAUAGCCGUGCCAUCGUCGUGCAAUCUCCGCCGUUCGAUUUCUCUCGACCCCUCCAAACUCUCCGCCUCGAGAUCGCUGCGGUCGACGCCGCUCCACCGCCUCACGGCGAGGAGCCGGAGGCUCGCCGCGCUUCCUCAGCGCCGAAUAAUUACUCCGGUUGAAGCAAAGAAGCAAACAUUUUCUUCAUUUGAUGAAUUGCUAGAAAAAUCUGACAAGCCAGUGUUGGUUGAUUUUUAUGCGACCUGGUGUGGUCCGUGCCAAUUCAUGGUUCCUGUUCUUGACGAAGUGAGUGAAAAAUUAAAAGGCAAAAUCCAAGUGGUCAAAAUUGAUACAGAGAAGUACAAAAGGAUUGCGAAUCACUACAAAAUUGAAGCACUGCCUACAUUCAUCAUUUUCAGGGAUGGGAAGCCCUGUGAUCGCUUUGAAGGAGCAAUGCCUGCUAAUGCGCUCAUUCAACGUGUUGAGAGUGUUCUUGCAGUCUCACAAUAG